ACCAGAAAAUGCUGCAAAACAAAAUUGUGGCAGCCAUUGCUCUGUUCUCUUUCUAGACUAGAGGAUUUUGCGAUUGUGGUUUUCUUCCAACUUGCGAGACUCCAUUAACCCCCUCGUCAUCAGGUUCUUGAAAUUGACUGGUGAUGGGAAAUAAGCCAGCAAAGCCGGAGAGGGAUGAGGUGCUUUUGAAGAUUGUGCCUCCUUUGGAUCAAGCAUAUGUUCGAUGGCUUGCUCGGGACCUCGAGAGAAUUUAUGGCUUCACUCCAAGAAACCCUCGUGCUGUAAGGCCACCCGAUCAUUACAUAGAAUACAUGCGCUUACAGGGAUGGUUGGAUGUCAACUUAGAUGACCCCGACCUUGCUCAUCUACUUAAAUAAUGGAGUAAAUCAACUGCAAUAUUCUAAGAACAUGUAUAAACUUGAGCAAAACUUUAGCUUCAAAGAUGUUUAGUUUUCUGUACUGGUACAGUGAGAUUCAGAUGCUGAGCAGUGGUAUGAUUUAUGAAAUGGAAAUCUUGUCAAAGAUUUACUUGUAUGCUUGA